UGGAACUUUACAAUCUAUUUUUCACUUUUAAUGGGUAACAAUUUUCAUUUUAAUUAAGUUGAUAAAUCGAGCGAAUUGUUUUGUCCAGAUCAUAAAGAUACUUGUGUAGGUAUCAAAGAAAUCAUUCUUAUAACAAGGUAUAGCAAAAAAUUGCAAUGGACAAAGAACCAUUAUGGUCUCAGGAUCCUUACGGCAAUUACUGGCUUUUAUUUCCCAAUAGGCAUGCUCUUGGCAAUGAUCAAAUAAAAGAUAUAUUUUCUCAGUAUGGAACAGUCAACUUGAUUACUAAAAGUGGUGAUGAAAAAGGCUUGAGAUUUGUACGAUACUCCUGCUUAAAUGAUGUUAAAAAUGCAGUUGACAAUUUGAAAGAUCAUCCACAAAUAAAAUUAAUACCAUAUCGUCCUAAAAAUAAAAAUAGUAAUAAUGUAAAAAAAGAAGAAAAUAAUGAAAUGUAUUCCGAAAAAAGGAAUUUCUUUCAGAGAAAACCAAGAAGUGAUUGUAACCACAAAAAUAGCAUUGAACAAAGACUCAACGGUGGUUCCAAUGUAACAGAUUUUCAAAACAUAGAAUAUGAAUUAUGUAAUGAAAAAGUAUCAUCAUCUGGUAGUAAUGCUUCUGUGAAGCUACUGAGUGAUAGCUUUUCCACUAGAAAUAGUUAUAUUGACAAACCACAAUUGGUACAUGCAUCUAAUUCAAUAAAUUUCCCAAAACCUCUUGUUCAAUCAGAUCAAAAAUUAAAGACGCUUUUGCAAAUUCGUGGAACUAAUUCCGACACUUUCAACACUGGUACUAUAACUAAUAGAAGUAAUAUUGGAUAUAAUGAUGAAGAUGAAUUACCAGAUCUUGUUGCAAAUAAAAUCAAACCAAUAGUUCUAUCAAAAAAAGUGAUUUACAAUGCUGAUGAAGUUAUAGUAGCAAAUAUUCCUAAUGGUUUUGGUAGUGCCUAUAUAUUACAUCUAUUUCAAGAUUUUGAACCGCUUGCAAUAAGCUACGUUAAAACUGUAUUAAAAAAUGAGAUAAGAUAUUGCCAUGUUUAUUUUAAAUCUGCAGAAGAUUCCAUGGCUGUUGAAACCAUGUUUGAUAAAUAUGAUCUAUGUGGAAAGCGAUUGAAUGUAAUGAGACUAUGUAAUUUAGAAGAGGAGGUUGUGAAUUGAACUAAAAUUAUAAAAAAAACAAAUCUGGCUUGAAUUUAUAUUCAAUAUUUUUGUUCUAAUGAAUUCUUGUAUCUUAAUAUUAUUGUAAUAUUUUCAUUGUAUAUUAGACAGAUCAAAUAGCUAUUGUUAAAAUUAAUUUUAUAAUUAUUUUUCUAUAUGCAUAUAUGCAUAAUACUUACAGAAAUAUUUAAUUUUAUAUUUUAAUAAAAAAUGUGAUUAUAUUAUUGUAAUUACUAUUUAAGUUCAUUUCGAGUCAUCUAGCGCCAUCUAU